AUGGCCGCCGCCGCCCUGCUCCGCCGCUCGCCGGCGGCGCGCGCGCUCCUCUCGCCGGCCCUCUCGUCCCGCCUCGUCGCGUCCAAGUCCCACUCCUCGUCCCCCGCGCCGCCGCCGGCGGCGGCGAAGGUCGCGUCCAACACGAAGACCUUCUCGAUCUACCGGUGGGACCCGGACUCGCCGUCGACGAAGCCGCACCUCAAGGACUACCAGGUGGACCUGUCCGACUGCGGGCCGAUGGUGCUGGACGCGCUGCUCAAGAUCAAGAACGAGCAGGACCCGUCGCUCACCUUCCGCCGCAGCUGCCGCGAGGGCAUCUGCGGGAGCUGCGCCAUGAACAUGGACGGCGACAACGGCCUCGCCUGCCUCACCAAGAUCUCCUCGGCGUCCUCGGCGUCCACGGUCUCGCCGCUGCCCCACAUGUUCGUCAUCAAGGACCUGGUGGUGGACAUGACCAACUUCUACAACCAGUACAAGAGCGUCGAGCCGUGGCUCAAGCGCAAGGACCCACCGCCGCAGCAGGGCAAGGAGAUCCCGCAGACCAAGGCCGAUCGUGCCAAGCUCGACGGCAUGUAUGAGUGCAUCCUGUGUGCCUGCUGCUCCACCUCCUGCCCGUCCUACUGGUGGAACCCCGAGGAGUACCUCGGCCCAGCCGCGCUGCUCCACGCCAACAGGCUUCCGCUGUGGGGGACGCUUAUCAAACCAAAACCCAACAUGUUCAUGCACCUUCAAGCUCGAGGAUAUCACGGGGUGUCAGAGAAGAGAAACCUGCGGGACCACAAACGUAGAUUGCUUGCAGAAAAAUAUGAGCUGAGGGGAAAGCUGUAUAAGGCUGUCUGUAGGGACCCUGAUCUUCCAUUGGAUAUGCGGGAGAAGUUCCGCUAUAAGUUGUCCAAGUUGCCAAGAAAUAGCUCCAUGACACGCCUUAGAAACCGCUGCAUUUUCACAGGCCGGUCUCGCGCUGUCUACAAGAAAUUUCGCAUGUCCCGUAUUGUGUUCCGCACAUUGGCAAACAAGGGUGAACUGACGGGCGUAAAGAAAGCAUCGUGGUGGAUACAGGACAGCCGUGACCAGUUCACCAAGGAGCGCCUGGACGCCAUCAAUGACGAGUUCAAGCUCUACCGCUGCCACACCAUCAAGAACUGCACGCAUGCCUGCCCCAAGGGCCUGAACCCGGCAAAGCAGAUCGACACGAUCAAGAAGCUCCAGUUGGACGCCUGA